GUUCUGUUGAUUGCUUCAAUAAGCGAAACCCCAUCAAUAUGAAAUUCCUUAUCUUGUCUUUGGCUUUGGUUGGCUGUGUUGUAGCUGACGUCUCCGAAUUGUCAGGCUAUGACUAUCAUGCCCCCGCAGCUGCAUCAGCUCCUGCCCAAAGCUACUCGGCUCCUGCUCAAAGUUACUCGGCCCCAGCUGCUCAAAGCUAUUCCGCCCCCGCCCAGAGUUACUCCGCUCCCGCCCAAAGCUACUCUGCUCCAGCUGCUGCCGAAAGCUACUCUGCCCCAGCUGCUGCUCCCUCCAGCAGCUACAUUCCUCCAGCAGCUUCUGCUCCAGCUCCCAGCUACUCUGCCCCAGCUCAAAGCUACUCUGCCCCAGCCCCAGCUCCUGCUCAAAGCUAUAGCGCUCCAGCUGCUGUCCAAAGCUACUCUGCCCCAGCUGCUGCUCCUUCCAACAGCUACAUCCCUCCAGCCGCUUCUGCUCCUGCCCAAAGCUACUCCGCCCCAGCUGCUGCUCCAGCUCCAAGCUACUCUGCCCCAGCUGCUGCUCAAAGUUACUCUGCCCCAGCUGCUGCUCCAGCUCCAAGCUACUCUGCCCCUGCUGCUGCUCAAAGUUACUCUGCCCCUGCUGCUGCUCCCUCUAACAGCUACAUUCCUCCAGCAGCUUCUGCCCCAGCUCCCAGCUACUCUGCCCCAGCUCAAAGCUACUCUGCUCCAGCUGCUGCUGCUCAAAGCUACUCUGCCCCAGCUGAUGAUGGUUACCGCUACAAGACCGUCCGUCGUCGUGUCUACCGUCAACGUUUCUAA